AUGUGCAGAGGGGUCACCUCUAACAUGUCAGGUUGGAGGUCCCAGUGCAGAACUGCUUCUCCAGACACGCCAACUUGGCGAGCCUUGCGGAAAAGUGCUGCACCAAAACCUCAGCCCAAAACAGCGGCAGCAGGCUGCAUCCAGAGAUUCUGUGUCCCACACUGUGGAUCUGGAGCUAAAAAACUCCCGACGGCCGCGGCCGGGGUGACCGUGCGAGGGGCAGCGUCCCAGCCCCCGGGGGCGGUGCAGUCCCGGGGAGACAGGAGGGCGGGCCCGACCUCCCAGACGCCCCCCGACCCGCCCAGGGGUCUUGAAACCUCCGCGCCGGGACGCGGGCGAGGCCGGGGCGUGGCGCCCCACGGGCCCGCGGCCCAGACCCAGACCACCGCGGCCGCCCGCGGGCCUGGGCGCUACCAGCCCCGUGACGCGGGGCCUGCCGAGCGCUGGCCAACCGCCGCGCGGAGUCCUACAGCUGCCGCCGCCACCCCCCGACGACCUCCCCCGCCAUUUCCCCCGAAAAGGAGCAGAGCCCCCCUGGCGCCCAGACGGCCCCCUCCUCUUCCCCCACCGCCGCGGCCCCUCCCCGCACCCGCGUCCCAGGCACCCUUACCCCGCCACCGAGGGCAGAGGGACGCUCCGACGGGAAGCGUGGCGCAGUCGGGCAGGGGCACGACGGAGGAAGGGCGCGCGAGAGCCGGCCGGCUGGCCGGUCGGAGGGCGGGGAGAGGCGCCCGGCGACCUGGCGGAGAGCCGAGCAAAGGACAGGCGACGACCGGCCGGGUAGACCGGUCCAGGCCGGCGGCGACCGGCAGGCGAGCGGCCCCCGCCCCGCCGCGCAGCCCGGGAGACGCACCGGAGGCCCCGGACUGUGCGGUGGCGCCCGGGGGCAGUCGUGGCCGCCGCCAGAGGGGAAGGUGCGUAGCGGGGGGAACCUCGGUCCCCCGGAACCCUCGGCCCCCCAACCUGGAGGGACUUUCUGCUUUCAGGUAACUCAAGGAUAGAGGCUGCUUCCAUCUUGUAGCACCACUAUUCCAACAUGGGGGUCUCCAUGUUUGCUGCUGAAUGGCAGAGGAACCAUGGAAAGGGCAUACUGGCUCCUGCCUAACUACCAGUGGACCACCCAGAAGGUGAGGAAGACAGAAUGUGGGUGAGUUCUUGUAGUCUCUUCCAUAAGCCUUCACAUACUCUCUCUCCCAUGAGCUGUCACCUAGGAGGUGCUCAAUAAAAAGCAGCAAUUAUAAUUUGUUAUAACGAUUCUCUUCAUUUCUUGAAGGGAGUUUCUGAGAAAACCCAAUUUACCUUGAGAUUCACCAGCUUUUCAGGAACCUGCUAUGUGAAAGGUGCUUUCUAAUAGAAGACCACACCUAGUUGUCAAAGGAUUCUAUAAUCUCGGCAGGGAGAACUCACCCUUCUUCACCCAAUAAUACUUUACUUCACUACUCUUUGCAAUAAUGUUUCUA